AUGUUCGGCAAAAAACCAUCUGUUACGGAACAAACCAAAGCGCAUAAUCGGGAAUUAAAACAAACCGAUCGAGAAUUAGUACGUGAUCGGCAUAAACUCGAGGCUGAAGAACAAAGAUUAGUUAAUGAAAUUCGAAAGAAUGCAGCGACUGGAAAUAAAAAAGCUAUAGAAAUUCUAGCAAAACAAUUAGUCAAAGUUCGAAAUCACAAAGCCCAAUCUUUUCAAGCUUCCGGACAAAUUCAAGGCUUAGCUGCACAGAAUACAAUGAUGGCAUCGAAUAUGCGCAUGGCGAAUACGAUGGAUAAAACCGCGAAAACCAUGGAAAAGAUGAACAAAAUGAUGAAUCCUGAACAAAUGGCAAAAGUUACUGAGCAAUUCACUAAAGAGCAUACAAAAUUCACCAUAACCGAUGAAAUGAUUGGUGAAACACUCGAAGCAGCACUAGGACAAGAAGGUGACUCGGAUGAAGAAGACGCCAUUGUCAAUCAAGUACUUGAUGAAAUCGGCAUUUCAUUAAAUGAAAAAAUGGCAAAUGCACCACGUGUUCCUGUUUCUACUGCUACAACGAAUCGUCGGCAAGCCGAGAAUGACGAUGCUGAAAUCGAACGAAUGUUAGCCAAUUUAAAAUCGUAA